AUGUUCCAAGCACCCACCGCACCACUUCUCUACAACAUCCCCCCACGACCGUUCAAGAACGAGCCCAGCCCAGACCCAAUCCCACCGUACCGCAGCAUGACCGUGCCCCAGAACAACAGCUACCACGCCCCAGCACAGAUGCUCGUGGAGAACCGUGAGCACUCUGCCCCGGCUGCGAGGCGUAGAGACGACGAGUUGGCGGCAGCAGUUGGACAGGCGAAGGUGCCGCCGCCGUCGGUGAAUGAAGGAAAGUCGGUGAAUGGUAAUGGUAAUAGUGUCAGUGCUGUGGGAGUAGGGAGUACAGGGGAUGGAGAGCUCUAUUCGGCUCCGCCGCCGCCGGCGGAUCCGGGGGUUGCGGUGAGAGAAGCCAGAAACCCUACGUCACUUGACGCCGAAGACACACCCAUGGCCGAAGCGUCCGCCGAUAGCGGCCUUGCCGUCCUCGGUGGCGGCAUGCGUAGGAUGGUGGAUCUUGUGAAUCGGCUGCGGGCAUCGGGGAUUGAGGAUCUUGGGCUGCCGUUGCCGCGUAUUGCGGUGGUGGGGAACCAGAGUGCGGGAAAGAGUAGUCUGAUUGAGGCUAUUAGCGGGAUUAAAGUGCCGAGAUAUACGGGGACUUGUACUAGGUGCCCCCUCGAAAUCAACCUUUCCGAAGCCAGCCACCCUCGUGAUAGUUGGCACUGCCAUAUCUCGCUGCGCUUCAAGAAGCGCUACGACCCAGACACCGUCUCCAAGAACACCUCCACGGGCCGCAGUUCCUCGCCCUGGGUCGAGCAAAAGGCCGAACAGGUGGCCUUCCUCGACAUUGUCGACAAGUCGCAGGUCGAGCGCGCGCUCGUCGCCGCGCAGCAGGCCGUCCUGAACCCGAGCCGCAACUGGCGCGAGUAUGCGCGUGAGAUGGUACCUGUUGCAGCGGGAGGCGCUGCUGGGCUGAAGUCGAGGGUUGGCGGUGGCGGUCAUGGGGCGCGAGGGAGGAGGGGGGGCCAGGGGAAAGGGGUUAAGGAUGGAGAGGAUGGGUUUGAGGUCAAGUUUAGCCCGAAUGUGGUUUGUAUGGAUAUCACUGCGCCGGACUUGCCGAACCUGGCGUUCAUUGAUCUGCCGGGUCUUAUCCAAACCACGGAAUCGGAAAGUGAAAACUACUUGAUUGACUUGGUAACCGGCUUGGCAAAGGAGUACAUCAACCAGCCGGAUUGUCUGAUCCUGCUAGCGCUAACAAUGAAAGACGACGCCGUCAACCAGUCUGCAGCCCGCAUUGCCCACGAGUAUGGCGAAGAGAGAACUAUUGGCGCCUUGACCAAGCCUGAUACCGUUGGCCCCGGAGAAUACGACCAGUGGGUCAACAUCCUCCGUGGAAACUCCCACCGCCUGAAGCACGGCUACUUUGUCACAAAGCAGCCCAACCAGGAGCAGCUCAACCAGAAAAUCGACCACGCCCAAGCCCGCGCGCAGGAAGCAGAGUUCUUUGCCAAAAGCGAGCCCUGGGCAACAGACCUUCAGGACCUCCAGCACCGCUUUGGCACCCAGGCGCUGCAGAGCUACCUUGCCAAGGAGCUCGGUGAGCUGAUCAAGAAACGGCUCCCGGACGUGAUCAAACUGAUCAAGGAGCAGCACGCCGAGGUUAAGGAGAAGCUCGUUGCGCUACCUCCCCCACCAACCGACAACCAGCUCUUCCUCGUCUACAACCUCAUCCACGGCUUCAACGCCUCGCUCAACAAACAUCUCCUCGGCGACAAGGACAACAACGAGUUCCCACACGCGCUGCGCCAAAAUACGGAUCAGUUCAUCCGCUCGCUCGGCAGUGUGCGGCCCACGCUAAAGGUCUUUGAGACAUUCAAGGAGGAGAAUGAUGUUGUGCGCAUGCUGGAAACACCCAGGAAGGAGAAGGACAGGAGCCAUAAUAAUGCUCACCUGCAGCAACAGCAGUCGGUGAGACGUGCCCAAGUGGGAAACGGAGCGGACCCGUUUGAGCGUGAGAGCGAAGGGUCGCCAUCCUUGAGGAAGGGGAAGAGGUAUCAGCAGGGCCCGGAGCGAAAGGUAACUAACGAGGCUACGGUCCCCAUAACGCCCAAGAAGCUCAAGAGGGUAGAUGAACAACACAAAUACAACCUCCCCCAAAUCCGACACAUUAUUGACUCCACCGCCACCGCCCAAAUCCCCGGCCAAGUCGACCCCAAGGCUAUCGAGAAUCUCAUCAAAGAGACAAUCUACCUCUGGCGCCCCAUCCUCGAGAAGUUCAUCGCCGACUCUGCCCAGCUCCUCAACCGCCGCGUGCACAACUGCUUCGUCGAGAACUUCGAGACCUACAAGAAGAGCCCCAUCUUCGUCGAGGUCUACACCAUCCUCCAGAACCAGCUCAAGGAGUCGUAUGAGCGCCUCAACGAGGCCGGCGCCCGCCUGUGGAACCUGGAAGUCAACCAGAUCUGCACGCUCAACGACGAGGACUACAAGAAGCACAUUUCCAAUCACUCGCGCAUCCUCAAGGAGCGGCGCAAGCGCAACCUGCUCGAGCAGAACGAGCACCGCGAGCAGCAGCUGCAGGCCGAGAAUAACGGGGGAUCGUCGCGGAAGCGGAAGCUUGGUGGGGGCGGAAUGAAUGGCGCGGGCGGGAUGGCGAUGGGCUCAGACGAUAACCCGAUGGAUGAUCCGUACAGCAAGGAGAUUGAUGUGCUGGCUGAGGUCAGGGCGUACUCGGAGGUCGCGCAGAAGAGGUUCAUUGAUAACGUCUACAUGACGGUCAGGUUUGAGAUUGCAACGGUGUUUUUAAAGGCGGUGCCAGUGGCGCUAGAUCGUGAUUUAGGGCUGCAGAGACCUGAUUCGAGCCAGGUUUGUGCGGCGCUCCUGGUGGAGGACCCACAGAAGGAGAAGGAGCGGGGAAUCUUGCUGCAGAGGAGCGAGCAGCUGUCGAGGGCGAUGGAGGAGUUGUGUCGUAUCACGGACUGA